AAUAUGCCUCCCUUGAUUUCUUCGUUGUCUCAACGUGCUUUACCCGAUGUAUGCCUUACUCCCAAAUGUGUAGAGAUCGCUGAAUCUAUUUUGUCAUCUGUCAAUUUGAAUGUGGAUCCGUGUUCUGACUUCUUUCAGUAUACAUGUGGAAACUGGCUGCUUUCUGAUGAAAUAAAGGACACAGUUCAAGGAUCUUCCGUGUUUACGACGACAACAAUAAAAAAUCGUGAUGUGCUUCUUGGAUUUUUAGAAGGAACAUUUGAAGAUCUUUAUGAUACAAUUAAAUCGGUAGACCCACUCUAUCAUACACAAAGCAUGAUGGAUAGCGACAGAAAGAACUUCCAACUAAUUAAAACAUACUAUGAUGCGUGUUUGGACACGGAACGUAAUAUUCAAUUGGGAUCCACUCCUUUAUUCCCUUUUCUUGCUCAGAUCGAAAAUGAUUUGUUUCCUAUCACAGAGAAUCCCGUACCGGAAAGAUUGGCCGAAACAAUUGCCGCAUUGACACUUCGGGGAGUACCUAGUCUUGUAGGUAUUGAGGCUAAAAUCAACAUAUACGAUCAUGAUUAUCUUGUGCUACAAAUCUUGCCAGGAUUGACCGAUAAUUUAACUGUCUAUGAGGACAUUGACCAAUUAGAGUCUUAUAGACAGGAAAUAAUUGACCUUUUAACCCAUACAGUAGGAGACGUGUCCGAAUUGGAUCAAGAUUACGGAGAAUUCGUUUUGCAAGAAAGCCGAAAGAACAAUUUUACCCUUUGGUCUGCUUCUAAAAUCGAAAUUGCCGCUAGUAACUUUAUCAAUUUUGAAAUCAAACUAGCGAAUAUAGUAAAUGAUGAGGCUGUAUCGAACGUCACUGCUGACCACCCAUAUACAUUAAAGAAGAUUGAAUCAAUAAAUCCUACAAUUGAUUGGAACGCCUUGGUCUCAACUUUAGUCUCAUCAGAAUAUCCCACUCCUGAUUUACCAGUCAAAUAUCUAAAAGAGUAUAUGGAAGAUCUUGAGGAAUUGCUAACAACAACAUCAGUAAAAAUAUUACAAGAGUAUUUUAUUGUAAGAAGCAUCCAAGCUACUACCAGCAAACUUAGCAUCCCUAAAAGUGUUCAAUCAUCUACGAUGACAAGCUUUUCGGAAUCGUUCCCGCAAGUUGAAAUUUUUAGAGCACCAACUGGAAAGGAACCCAAGUCUGCAACUAAGAGGACAGCAUGCGCAUACGAUACAAGUAUGAAGUUCUAUGACAUUUUUGGGCGCUUCUUUUCUUUGAGCUCAUUAGGUGCUACUGACGAAGUGAAGAAAGUUGAAGACAUGGUUAGUUUCUUACAUGCAACCUGGCUACAUGACAUGCUACCCGAAACAUCCUGGGCUGACGAAGAAACCAAAGCAAAAAUUAUUGAAAAGAUCGAGAUGUUAAUCCUAAAGGUGGCCAUCAGAAGCAAGACACCAGAUUGGAGGGAUCCUUCCUCUCUCGAGUUACUAUAUGACAAUGUAACUCUUGAUGACAGCGAUGGUUAUUUUUAUAAUUCUAUUUUUAUGGCUAUCCAGGAGAAUACCAAGAAUUUUAAAUCUUUAUUGAAGAAACAAUACAGAGGCGACUACGAAAUUCUGAUUGGUAUGCUCCAAAAGCCUUUCUAUAGCAUAGACUAUCCAGAAUACUUAAAUUAUGGUGCUAUUGGUGGUAUCAUUGGUCAUGAAUUGGUUCAUGCUUUAGAUGAUAAUGGAAAAAAUUUCAACGCGACAGGAUAUCUGGAAGACUGGUUUACAGAGUCUUCAGCUAAAGCGUACGACGAGAAGGCACAAUGCUUUGUCGAACAAUACGAAAAUUUUACAUUGACUGGGCUUGAUAAUACUGAAUAUCCACUGGAUGGAGAUGUUCAAUUGGGAGAAAAUAUUGCAGACAGCGGUGGACUAGAUAUUGCGUUUCGUGCAUACCAGAACCAUGUGCUUAAGCAAGGAGCUGAUCAGCUAUUACCGGGUCUAGAGCAUUUGACUCCCGAACAAAUGUUUUUUAUAAAUCAUGGUCGUUCUUACUGUGAAAUCACGGCAUUAAGUGACGCCGAAGAGUUUGCGGAGGAGGUACAUUCUCCCUGGUAUUAUAGAGUUAUCGGUGGUUUGCAAAACGAUCCCAAUUUUGCCAAAACAUUCAAUUGUCCUGUUGGGUCUCCGAUGAAUCCAGCUAAAAAGUGCUCCAUUUGGUAGCCGUAUCCGGUUUUCUAAAUUGGCUGUAUUUCUAUAACCUGACUGUUGUCUUGAAACUCUUGCAAAUAAAUUAAAUAAAUCUUUAUGUAUUACUAAA